GAGAGAGACGCGGAUCCGUCAUGCAGCUCUGAUGGGCCUUCGAUCGCCCCGAUGAUGAACGCCCGCCGUGUCAGUCCACCCCGGGCGAGACACGACCCACGAGACAACUUCCAACUUAAUUUAGGAGUGUGAUUCAUUAAAAACGGGCCCCGUAAUGGAAGGCACGCACACCGUGCUGCGUCUGUACAAACCCAUCCAGGAGCUGUGCUUCAUUAGUCUCUACUUCCCAACGAGGAAGUCCCGAGGUUUCCCACGAGCUGGCCAAACCCCUCGUGAAGUCCGGCCCCGGGAUGAAGACGCUAAACAAAGAGGCCAGUAUUACUGCGAGGCGACAAAAGGAGCGGUCGCGCAGCUCCACUGGCUCGCCGCAGAACACCAUCAGCUGCUGACGGACCUCCUGUCUUUAUGCAGCGACUGCGCAGACAGGAUUAAGAUGGGAAACCAGGACGGGAAGCUCCUGGAAGGACAUGAUGUUAGCAGCAGUAACUUCACUAUAUCUCCGCCCGCGGAGCAUAAGAGAGCAGCCUCUAGAGUUCGUAAGCUGAAGAAACUGGGUUCUAAGAAGAUGGACAGCGCUGAAGAGUUCUUGCAGAGUAGGAUAAAGAAGAAGGUGCAGAGUGGAGCGUCCGAGUUUUCCCCAAAGGCUCCCGGAACUCCGGUCUCCAUCCGUGGCCGGGAUACUACAGGAUCAGACUCUUAUAUCAGCGUGUCCAGCGAGCCUCUUCUUCCAAUGGAGGAACACUUCCAGAUCGCCCACGACGGCUGGGAUUUUAUGGAAGAGCCUCGUUCGUUUGAGUGCGAAAUGGAUCUUUGUACCGAGCUGUCGGAGUUUGAACUCACUUUGGAGUACGAGAAGCCCUUGGGAAACCAACGUGGAUGUGUCCUACGGGAGCUAAUGGCCGUUGGGAAUACCGAGGGAAACCAACAAGGCCAAUCAACCUUCGGAAGUUUGGAAGUCAACCAAAGGGACCCGGAACACAACCAGGAACCCGGAUCUCAUUCCAGUUUGGAUCAGAGCCACAACCAGCAAGAUGGACAAGAAGAGCUCAAGCUCUUUACUCAGGUGAACAACGAGAAAACCCUCAACUCUAGAAGCUCUAAGCUUCAUCCCUGGAGCAGAAGCCCCACAUCAAGCUCUCUCUCUGGGCUCUUCAACGUGUCUUAUCCUCCUGCCAACAGUCUCCAGAGCAUGUCUCCUGUCUUAUCACCUCUGUCUUCGCAACUUCCGAGUCCCCAAAUGAACCACCGCAUUGUGUUGCUGCCUGAGGAGGAUGAUGAUGGAAAUAAACGCUCCUCGAGAGACGAGCCCAAAGUCGCCACGGAGGUCAUCGACAAAAACGGCAACCGUCGGACGGUCACACGUCUUGACCUGAACCUCAGCAAUCACUUCAACGUGAACGGAGCCAGUGCAUCGAGUGACAAGACCUCAGGUAGUUCAAACUAA